AUGUCCCAGCAACACACAUUGCCAGUGACUGCCCCAGCUGCGGUUCAAGAAUCCCUCAAGACUGUGUGCCCUCCAGCUCAUACCCAGCAGGAACAAACAAAGCAGCCAACUUCACAGCCUGCACAGUGCCAAAAGGUAUUAUCUGAGCCCCAAGAGAAGGGCUCUCCUCAACAAGAGGAGAAGGGCACAAGUCCUGUGGUGAGGCUGCCUGAGCAAGAAUGUGAGCAGCAGCAGCAGCAGCAGCAGCAAGAGGAACCACAAGGGCAACAGCUGUCUGUGAAAACGCCACAGAAGGAGAUACAGGGGCAGGAACUGCAUCUGAAACCACAGGAACUGCAGCUGGGGCAGCACCAGCAAGAGCAAGAACUGCAUGUGGGACAGCAUCAGCAUCAAGAGCCACAGGGACAGGAGCUGUGUCUGGGACAAGAGCAGCAGCAGCAGCAGCAGCAGCAGCAGCAAGACACCCUGAAACCACAGGAACUGAGUCUGAGACAGCACCAGAAGGAGAAGCAGCAGGAUCCAGAGCUGUGUCUGGGUCAGCAGCAGAAAGCUUCUGAGGAGCAGGGUCUGAUCCCAGGAGAGAAGCAGCAGGAACCGCAGGAGCAACAACUGCACCACGAACAGGUGCACCUUGAGCCACAAGAGCAGGAGCUGCAGCUGGGGCAUCAACAACAGCAACAGCGCUCACAGGAGCUGCAUCUGAGACAGCAUCGGAAGCAGAAGCUCUGUGAUCCAGAACUGCACCUGGGAAAGCAGCAAGAUCGGGAGCCCCGGGAACCAGACACGCACCUGGGAGAGAAGCAGCAACAGGAGUCACAGGAGCCUGAACUGCACCUGGGAAAACAGCAGCAUCAGGAGUCACAGGAGCCUGAACUGCACCAGAAACAGAAGCAGAAGCUGCAGGAGCCUGAUCUGCACCUUGGAAAGCAGGCGCAGCAAAAUACAGAGCACGAAGGUUAUCAAGGAACACAAAGCUUAGGUCAGUCCCUUAAGCAAGAGAAAACCUCAGGGGAACAGCAGCUGGAUGACUCACACCUAGAACAGAAGGAACUCUUGGACCAGCAACAGGAUCAAGACCUAGGAAAGAAAGAUGAGAGACAGGAACGGAAGAAUGAACAACCACAGGAGCACCUGACACAGCAGGAGAAGCAGAUAGAGCAUGUCAGACCGAGCACUGGCCAAGUCCAAGAGACUCAGCCAACCCAACCAGCGAAAGGAGACAGCUUGCUCAUUACAGAGAAACAGAGGCAGAACCAGGAAGUGCAGUGA